AAACAAAAGAGUUAAUAUUUACUAUUUUGUAAUUAGCUUAGUAUCCGCGAUUUGUAAAAAUUUGAACAGAAAUAUUUUUUUCAUAUUUGUCAAUUUAUAGUAAGACCAACUAUGCAAGACUUUAUUAAAUUAUUUGAUAAAACUUGACCUCGACAAAACCAUGGAUGAAACACCUAGCUGUGAGUGUGAUAAAAAGAUACAUACCGAUACAGAUAAAGGAAUCCUACAGUUGUUUAAGCUGGCUGCAUCGUCACAGAACCAUGUCACUCUGCUGGACAUAUCGGUCAAAAUAGAGCAGCUGUCAGCAGAAUAUAUCUACUCUUGUUUGAAGUCUUCAGUGAUGCCGGAUCUCCUCAUACAAACCAUCAAAACUGCCAUCGUUGGUGAACUACCUGAAAGGGAACAUUGCCAAUAUGAAGAACAAGAUUUUGUUGGCACUGCAGAUAAAACGGACGCAGUUUUAAAAAAUUUUGCUUCCAUAUUUCAUCAUCUGAACAGUCUGGAAUUGCUGGAGAGUGCCGUGAUGAAUUGCCUCAAUAAAGUCCUGCCAAGUUUGUUGUUGUUACUUUCAGCCAACAUGACCCCAGCUGCCUGGAACAGCAGUGGUGUUGUUGAUCAGAGCAUGAUGUUAUCGCAGUGUAUGCUCAAACUCUACAAGUGUGAUACAACGGGAAAGCUUUUAACACUAAACAUGGACAGUCAGAAUCAUGACUUCAUUUCUCCAAGCUCUUCCCUGUUUGGAAAAUAUCUGCGUCUUGUGAAACCGUGUUUGGAUAGAGACAGAUGGAAGAGAAAUCCUUUUGUUCAAGCCUCUUUCAUUCACUUGUUAACGAGUGUUAAGCAGUCUUCUAUCAGUGAACAUCUGACAGACAUUUUACCACCAUCGCUCAACUUCAUUGAUGAUUUUGUUGUUGAAAACAAAAUAUCUGGGAUAAAGUGUCUCCGUCAUAUUAUUGCCAAUACAUCAUCCGAGGAAUUGCGGUGGUACGGCAGAGCUGAAGUAGUGUAUGAAGCCGUCAAACACCAACUGUACACAAAGAAUGCAACCUUGCUACAGGAUGCUAUUCCCACUGUGUUGGCUGUUGUCAGAGUUGUUGAACGAACACCAGACAACAUCCAUUCUGGCCUCCUAUUGGACGUUAACAGAUAUGAUGAAAUAUUCCAGAUGCUGUUGCAUGAUGCAGAAUUGGAAAACAACAUUCACAUACGCCGAGCUCUCACAUCACAUCUGUGGAAGUUUGUCGACGAACUGGGAAUCGGUGUCGUCAGACACAUGAAAAAUGUUGUCCAUCUUGUAUCAAACUUUCUGGAAAUCUAUGAUGGCCCUGAAGAAACAUCACGGUUGAAUGCUCUGAUGAUGCUCAAAUCCCUCAUCAAAAAUGCCUGGCCCAGAGUCUACAGUCAUUGUGAGGAGAUACUCAAGUGCCUGUUGAAGCUCUUGUAUGAUCUUGCUGUUGAUGAAACAACCACAUCUAAGGAGGUGAAGGACAAUCUUCAUGAUGAAUCAGUGUCCUGCUUAGUCUUGUUACGGUACUGCUGUCCUCGACUGGUAGAGUCCUAUUUAAAUGAACUGAACAAACCAGAAACUGCUGAAUGUAUCAGGGAGACUGUACAGCUGGUCAUGCAAGCUGAUGUUCCGUGUUGUUGAAUUUUAUUAAAAUCGAUGUGAUAAAUAAAUCUGGAAGUUGGAACACUCAUUAAA